AUGACGAACUUCUUAGUAGUAAAAUCCCCAUCAUCCUACAACGCUAUAAUAGGGUGCCCGACCCUCAAUAACCUCAAGGCGAUUACCUCUACAUACCACCUUAAAGUGAAAUUCCUAGCAGAAGUAGGAGUGAGCAAAAUUCGAGACGAACAGACAUUGGCUCAAGAAUGUUAUGUCCAAGAAUUGAAGACAAGGACGCCAACAAUAUGUAUAACCAGCAGUCCAGAGGGGUGCCCGCCACUACCACCCCCGCUGCCAACACCACUCAUAAGCAAAGAACCAGACGUGGAAGCUAGGAAUGAAAAGGAUUUGUUGCAAGUUGAAGUGAACGAAUCCUUAAAGAUAGUACAGUUGCACCCGAAUUGCCCAAUCGCCAUAACAAGGGUCAGUACAAACCUCCCACCAGAGUAUCGAGAAGCCUUGAAGCAGUUAUUGAUGGAACAUAGAGAUGUAUUUGCCUGCAGCUAUGAGGAUAUGCCCGCGAUUGAUAAUUUAAUCAAUGAGCACAGUCUCUGCAUUAAUUUAGAGGCUAAGAAAGUGUGGUACAAUCAGAUCAGAAUGAACAAGACGGAUGAGGAAAAGAUGGCGUUCAUAACCGACAGAGGACUCUACUGCUAUCGGGUAAUGCAUUUCGGUCUAAAGAAUGCUGGGGAAACAUACCAAAGGCAGGUUAACCGGAUGUUGAAGCACUAG